AUGUCAUAUCCAACAAAGCCUCAAGCAAAAGUCACGAUUUUGGGAACAGAUCGAUCUGCAUUUGUAUGUGCACUUACCAUGGCUAUAAGACGUUAUGUCAGUGAAAUUGUUGUUUUCGAUCAAUCUUAUAAUAAACAGAUGAAAAUGUGCUUUCAUGAUCUCGCUUGUGCAUUUCAACUUUGUCCUAGUUCUCGUACAGUCAAUCUCAUAUAUACAUCAGAUAUUGCACAUACGUCUAGAUCGGAUGUUGUUCUUAUGACAGAAAUGCAUAACAAUUAUACAAAUAUAAAACAAAAUGACAAAACAUUUUCAAUAUCGUUACGAGAAAAAGCUCAGCAGUUGAUUGACACUCUUCAUGGUAAUCCAUCAGUCAUUUUACGUCUACUCAUGACAAAUCCAAAUGCUGCUUUCUUGAUAGUUACGUUCAGUACUCGUGUCUCCCCAUAUGAUUACAAUUCUUUAGUUGUGAAAUCAUUAGGCACUAAUCAUUUUCAUGCUGGACAAGUAUGUGGAUUGAGUUCCAAUAUUUACAAUCAUCGACUGCGAUAUGCUAUUGGCAAAUUACUUGAUAUACCAAGUAAAAAUAUUACUGGUUUUACAUUGAAAAAUCUUCAUGAAUCAAUCGAACCUUAUUGGCCUAGUAUUACUAUAAAAGGUCAAUGUAUAAAAUUGACUAAUGAUGAAAGUAGAAAAAUACAAGAGAAUUUUAUUGAACCUUCGACGAGCAACAAUGCACAACAAGAAAAAUUUCAAACGAUAAAUUCAAGCUCAAUUAAGACAGAUGAAAAAAUAAAGAAACAUAAACACUUAGUAAACACAUCGUCGCAUCUGAAUAUGAAACAAAUUCGAAAAAAUACUCCUAAUCAUGAGAAAAAAAUGACUCCUGAUGCUUCGAAGAAACAUCAAUCUAUUUCGCAUUUCAAUGGGAAUAUAUCUGAUCGAAUUCUGCAAUGGCAUUGUUCAAGUACCUUUCUUCAAUCAAUCAAAACUAACCGUAAAAUAAGCAAAACAAGAGAAAAACAUCAUCAAACACUUGAAUCAUCCGUCUCGAACAAUACAACAAACCCAAUCGAAUCACAACGAAAUUUUCGCCAGCUAAUUCAAGAUGAGGUUAUUAAGCAUUUGAAUGGAUGGCAUUGUCUACAAAUAUUAUAUCAUCGAUCAUAUGAGUAUACGUUGGGCAUGAAUUUAUGUGAAAUCACUCGUUCUAUUAUGAGUAAUUCACAAGAAAUGCUUAUUUUAUCGGCUUAUAUUCAGCCAUUUUUCCAACAACAAUUCACAAAACAGGUUACGAAUAAGGAAUGA